UCCUGCAUUUUUUCCCCUGGCUCCUCAUGGCAUGCUGAGUUUGGGAGUGCAGGAGGGAGAUGCCUUACAAACGCUGACAGGCUAUAACACUCUCAGAGAGACGGCCCAGUCAACGCAAGCAUCCUCAGUGCAGCCCAGCAGAGCUUCUGUGGACCCUCAUGUUUGGACCUGCCAAGAUAAAGAUGCUGGUGUCGAGCGUGGCACUUCUGAUGGUGGUGUUUGCCAAAUGGGCUGAGCCGUACGUAGCACAAUACCGGGAUGCAGACCAAGACACAUAUGAGCCCAGAGAAAAGCAGAGAUCCCCAGAAUACUACAGAGAUGGCAGUGGAACUGAGUGCAGGCGGUGUUGUGACCCUACAGAGGAGGCCCCACAGUAUGCCAGUCCAUACCCGAAGUACAAUAUUGUGCCACAGAUAAACAUCACCAUCCUUAAAGGGGAGAAGGGAGACACUGGUGAGCGAGGACUUUAUGGGAAAACAGGCAAGUCUGGGCAAACCGGACCCCGAGGUCCCUAUGGCAUAAAGGGAAACAAGGGCAGCGUUGGUGCUCCCGGAGAACCCUGUAAGUCCUACUACGCUGCCUUCUCUGUGGGCCGCAAGAAGGCCCUACACAGUAACGAUUACUACCAGACCAUGAUCUUUGACUCAGAGUUUGUCAACUUGUAUGGCCACUUCAACAUGUUCACUGGCAAGUUCUUUUGCUAUGUCCCCGGCAUCUAUUUCUUCAGCCUGAAUGCGCACACUUGGAACCAAAAGGAAACAUACCUGCAUGUGAUGAAGAACGAACAGGAGAUGGCCAUCUUGUACGCUCAGCCAAGCGAUCGCUCCAUCAUGCAGAGCCAGAGCCUAAUGCUUGAGCUGGAGAGGGAUGACCAGGUGUGGAUUCGGCUCUAUAAGGGCGAAAGAGAGAAUGCUGUGUUCAGCGAUGACCUUGACACCUACAUCACAUUUAGUGGUCACCUUAUUAAGGCAAAGUCAGAAGGUUAA